AUGUUCAUAGAUGAUUUUGCAUACAACAACCAGGUCAGACACCCUGAGCAUGAGCUUGAUGGUGCUACUGCACCAGAACCUCCUGAAACACCCCUCCAGAGAACCUUUUCUCCCCUCCCAAGCCUUCUGACAUCAACACCACACAUCAGUUUUCUGCCCGUCACACAAGCCUACUACACUCCAACAUCUGCUCAUUUGUGGGCACCAUAUGAGCCAUACCCAUACCUCUAUUCAUCAUCUGGACCAUCCAUCCUGCAGACAUUGUAUUAUCUCCUAACCCAAGCACCUACUCAAGCACCUCCCUAUGUUGAGAGCAGCAACAAACAUCUCCAGAAUCAGAGAGGCAAGGAGAAGAAGGACACUCUCAAAGUGGAGAAGUGA